AUGUCUUCUUACCUUGCAGACGCGCCGCCGCUGCCUCCGUUGACAAGGUUAUUCCCUCACCUCAAUUCCAGCGCCGAGGAGAUCCCUGCAUCCACCGACCCCUUCACCAUCACGACGACGACGGGGUUCCUACCAUGUCGCCCUCCACUCCGCCGACUGCCAGCACAGUUCGACGCGAUGUCCGAAAUCCUGGACGAAAUGCCCAUAGUGAAGGCCGACGGCACUCCUGGUCUCGUGGCCAAGUUCCAGCUCGGCCCUCUGAUCGACUCCGGGAAGUUACCAGACCUCACGUCGCACAUUGACGAUUUAAAAUUACGCGCCGCAGACGACGAAUCCGCGUACGACCUCGAGGCCGUCACAGCUCUCUUCCGCGACUACAGCUUUCUCGCCAGUGCGUACCUGCUGGAACCGUGCUGGGAAACCUGGUCCAAGGAUAACAACGCCGGGUACGGACUCGGUAGACCUGUUCUGCCUAGGUGCAUCGCGGCACCACUUGUUAAAGCGGCUGAUAUCCUUGAUAUUCCACCCUUCAUGUCCUACGCCGCGUCGUACGCCUUGUACAAUUAUCACCUCGUCAAUCCCAACUUGGGCGCCGGCCUGUACGAGAACCUGCGACUGAUCCGGGCAUUCGAGCAUGGCUUGGACCCCAAGAGUUCCGAGGCCGGCUUCAUCCUGACCCACGUCCACAUGGUGCAGGAGACCGGACCCCUGAUCCAAGGGGCAACCGACCUCUUGAGCACGAUAGAGCAGCGCCCGUCCGACACUGACGCCGCCAUCUCGGCGUUUCGGACCAUGUUGGCGGCCAUGAAGCGCAUCGAAGAGCACAUGGAGCAGAUGUGGUCGCACUCGCUGCCCAAGGAUUACAUCUCGUACCGCACCUUCAUCUUCGGCAUCACGUCGCAGUCCAUGUUCCCCAACGGCGUCAUCUACCAGGGCACAAGGUACGGCGACUCGAAGCCGCUCUACUUCCGGGGCGAGUCCGGCGCCAACGACAGCAUCAUCCCGCUGCUCGACCACCUCUUGGAAAUCCCCAUGCCGACCAACCCGCUCACGGACAUCCUCAAGGACUUUCGACAGUACCGGCCCAAGCCGCACCGGGAGUUUUUGGCCUGGGUCAUGAGCAAGAGUGGCGAAGUUGGAGUCAGAAAGUAUUGUUGUCGUGGUGGUAGUACUGAUGUCGACAACCAGAAGGAUUCGUCUUCCUCUGGUUCUGUCCAGAGCCCUGCUAUUCUUCUUACUACCCUAUACCUCAAACUCCUGGACCAUGUCCGCAGUUUCCGCUGGCGUCACUGGAUGUUUGCGAGGGAGUACAUCAUCAAGCGAACCCCACAUCCGACUGCCACCGGUGGAAGUCCCAUCGUCACCUGGUUACCUAAUCAACUCUUUGCGGUGAUGGAUCUCAUGGAGUCAGUGUACGAUGAAAGUGGGUUGAGGAGUAUCGUUGAAGGUGAUGAGGGUCAAGAAGUUGGCGGUGACGCUGCGAUGAUGCAAAGUCUGGGUCCCGAGGUAGAUGCAGUCAAGGAAAUUAUGGGAAAUGCUAUAAUGCAGAGAGAAAAGUUGGACAAGGAGGUUCAGAAGUUUUGUUCCGAGAGAGGUGUGUGA